CGAAGCAUUAAAUAUAAUUGGCUUAUCACAAUAAAAAAAUACGUAUAACAAUUACAUUUUCAAACAGUGGUCAACAAAAUAUGCGUAAGAAUCGUCGAAAAAAUCGUAUUAGAAGAAGUCGCAACAGACGCGGUAAAAUGUCUUCGAUUGUGGCGCCGAUCAUAAAUCUAGCCGAUGAUCUUGAGGAUGGUGAGAUCGAUGAUGAUGACGAAGAGGAGGAGCCACAGAAAUUGCCAAGAGAGCAAUCACAGCAACAACAACUACAGCAACAACACCAACAGCAACAACAAAAUAAACUAAACUCAUCGAAUGAUGAUGUUCAAUUUGUGGGAACUGAGAAAUUGCUACCAAACAGCCAUCAUGAUGAUGAUGUUGUAUUCCUUGGUCUGGCCAAUGAAUCAUCCUCCGCUCUCGCCCCCAAAUCCAAGAAACCACGCCCACUAGAAGAUGAUCAUGCAGUAAGCAUUGAGAAUGCCAUUGCCAAGGUGCUCAAACGAAGCGGCAUUGAGCCGCCCAUGCCACGAAUCCACAAUAACAACAACAGCAACAAUAGCAGUAACAACAACAACAACAAUGUGGGCAACACCAACAUCAAUAUGAACAACAACAACAGCGAUGCCGAUGGCUCCAUUUUGGCUGGCGAUGUUGCAGCUUCAUCUUCGUCUUCGGCAGCUGCAGCUGCAGCAGUGGGCAGCGAUGCAACUCAACAGCAGGCGACACUGAGUCGGAGCAGCCGGCGACGCAAGCGCAAAAAGGAACGCGAACGCGAGCAGAAGAAGGACAAAGAGUAUCAGAAACGCGCCCGUCGCGACUCAAUGGACGAAGCCGGCGGCGCUGCCGCCAGUGACGAAAUGGACAUGGACGAGUACGAGAUGAUGAACGUGCGUGGCGGCAGUCCGCCGCCAGGUGGCGCACCCAGCGCCACACUAAAUGCACCCGGUGGCAGUCGCUACAACAACAACGAUUGGCCCGAAAUGGGCGAAGCGGGCGCUGGUUACGAUUCACCGCCGGACAACUACAGCAGCUACGAUUCCUAUUCGGACGAUGAGCCGGGCAAUGCGGGUGGAGCACCCGGAAGCGGUGGAGGUGGCGGCGUGGGCGGGGGACGACGUCGCCAGCGCAGGGAACGGGACAAGGAGCAACGCGGUGGGAGGAAGCGACGUGAACGCGAUCGAGAACGCGAUCGUGAACGCGAACUGUUGAUGAUGGAUCGUCGUGGACACGAUGGCGGCGGCGGGGGAGGCGGAGGCGGGAUUAAGCGUAAUCGUCGGGAUUCGGGUGGGGAUGAGAAGCCGCGGGAACCGCGCAAACUGGAGCUAUGCAAAUUCUAUCUGAAGGAUUGCUGUGCGAAGCGGGACAAGUGCAGUUACAUGCACAAGGAGUUCCCAUGUAAAUAUUACUACCUGGGCAUGGAUUGUUAUGCCGGCGACGAUUGUCUCUUCCAUCACGGCGAACCGUUGUCCGAGCAGCUGCGCAACAUACUCCUGAAGCACAUGGAGACAGCGCCCAAGGAGAUACUCGGUGACUUUAAGCGCAUCUCACGCGAUGUUGCGCUCUCCCAAAUGACGCGACGUCACGAACAAUUGUGCGAACAAUAUCACAUGGAGAACAGUUGGAUCACCUUGGCCAGCGCGGGACUCAGUCGACUCCAGGAGCAACAGCAGGCGGCGGCAGCGGCGGCGGCGGCCAAACGGCAGCAGCAGGAGCCAACUCAGCAGCAUGUUGCUGCCGCAGCUGGCGGUGGCAAUGCGAUACCAUCGCUGCUCGAUAUGGUCAUCAAUCCGCCAACGAAUCUGCAUCAUGGUGGAGGAGGCGGCGUCGGUGGCGAUUCGAAGCCGGAGAAGAAACGCAAAUCGCGUUGGGCUGAAAAGUCAGCGGCCAAAGCGGCAGCAUCCACAACACCAACAGCAACAGUUGGAGUUGGAGCUGGAGCUUCUUCCUCGACAGGAUCUGGCACUGUCAUCACUUCCACUGCCAGCACAACAACACCGAAAGCCUUGCCUGCCCAUCUCGAUCUCGUCAAUCUGACGCAGGUGCUGAGCGCUGAGCACAUGGCCAAGCUGAAUAAGCUGGGCAUCAGCAAUCUGGAGCAGAUGCUCCAGGUGCCCUUCGGCCAGCUAACUGAGGCGGGACUCACGCUGCCCGAAAUUGGCGAGAUUCAGCGCAAGGCCGAGGAGGCGAAGCCCCAGGAAGCGGGAAGCACCACAGCGGCCGAUAAAAGCACUUCCAAAGCGGAUCAGGAUGUGAACACGUUGGCCAGCUCGUCGAAUAGCAACAGCAACAGCAACAACGGCUUCAUCAUGGUCGACUACACACAGUAUCUGAAGGAUGCCCAUGUCAGCUUCCCCGGCAACGAUCCGCUGGACGAUGAUCGGGAGGAAGAUGAAGAGCAGUUGGUCAUCGACGAUGGCACCGAGGAGACGGACGAAUCCGAAUCGGAACCCAAGUCGAAGAAAAGCAAAAGCGCUGGCGACGAGGAUGAAGAGAAGAAGGAUGUGGAGAAAGAGGAGGAGAUGCCGCCAAUGCCAUCGGUGUUCGAUCUGCCCACAUUCAUGAGCAACAUGCUCGGCCAGCAAUCGACCAACCAAUCGAUCAACUCGCCCACAGAGCCAAGCCAAACCGAGACAGCAACAUCGAUAACAGAGGACAACAAGAAGGAGGAACGCGCUGCUUUCUAUCGCGACAUCAUACGCAAUCCCUUCAAGACGCACAGCGGCGAUGCGGCCGACGAUGGCUCCGCCGAUGGCGAUGGCGACAACUACAAUUUCAAAUACACCGAUGCGAGCACCGCUUCCAAUUCGAAUUCGCGUUCGUUGACCCCGACGCCAACUCCUGAGCCGGGUUCGCAAUCCCCCAAAGAGGAUAAAUUGCAACUGAUUAGCUUGGAGGCUGGACCAAGUGCUGGCCUAGGCUUGGGCUCGACAUCGAUAUACUCGCGUCUUUCCAUGUACGACUACGAUCCCGCAAAGGCGGCGCUCGAGGAUGCGGCCCGUGUCUCGGACGCGCAACGUGAACGCGAUCGGGACAUCGAUAUGCGUUUGCCAUUCGAACCGAUGAAGCAUUAUUUGCCAGCGACCGAAAUCGAUGCGGCGAUCUUCUCCCACAUCCCCAUACGCUGGCACAUGCAAGAGGUGCUCGUGGAGCCGCCCAACUACAGCCAAUUGCGUCAGCAUGCCAGCCACAAGGAGCAGCGAGAGCUGCGUGAUCCCCGACUGCGUCGCAUCCUCGGCAUGCCGGAGCUAACCGAUGAGAGCACCGGCUCGGGUCUGGGCAGCAGUCACAGUGGCACCGCAACGCUCUCUGGGUCGGCUGGUGGCGAUGCCCGGCGACGGGAGCGCAAGACGAGCAACUGCAUCUCGUCACCGGAUGCACACGAAUCGACGCCCAGUUCACCGCCUCCGUCCAUGCAACUGCCGGCUAUGAAUGUGCCGCCGCCGUCGUCGUCGUUGACGUUGUCGUCGAGUGGCGAUGGAGGAGGAGGAGGAGGAGGAGGAGGAGGUGCUUCGGCAUCAGGAGCUGCAACCACACGCAGCGAUCCGCGUCGGGAUCCACGACGUGCGCAUUUAAAUGCCGCCAGCUCCACGACAAGUGCGGGCUUCGGAGCGGCCUCCACCGCUUCGGGUGCGGCUGCAGUCGACAGCAGUCGGCAAAUACUCGAGAUACGCAAUCUGCUGCAGAGCUCCAAUUGGUACAAGCAGCUGGGCAGCAACAACAAGAUCAUGGUGAAUCAACAGCUGGCGCUCGUGUUCACCGAACUGAAGAAGUUCCAUCAGCAGGAGUCGAGCACGAAGAUCUUCGACGUCAACUUCAUCGUGAACAAUCAGACGCUGCAGCAAAUCUUCGCCAAGCUCCACAUCUACAUCGAUGACAAUGGGCUGGUGGUGCAACUGCCCGAGGAGCCGCCACAAAAUGUGGCAACUGCCGCGGUGCCAGUGGUUCCCAUCUUGCCGAACAUGUCGCAGCCGCCACCGAAUUUGGCGCAACUGUUGCGUCAACCGCCGCCGCAAGUGGCACGCGGCAUGGUUGCUGGUGGCAUGCCACCGUUCAAUCAACCGCCACCUGGGCCACGCAACAACAACAACAAUAAUAACAACAUCAACAGCAAUGGUGGCAACCAGAACAACAGCAAUAACAACAGCAUACUCGGAAUGCCGCCGAAUGUGAAUGUGAAUGUGCCGAAUGUGAAUGUUAUGGGCGGUGUGAUGAGCAACAAUCCAUUCAAUCCUUUCGCCGGCGGUGGCAACAACAUGAAUAACAUGAACAACAUGAACAUGAACAAUAUGAACAACAUGAACAGCAUGGGCAUGAAUAGCAUGAACAGCAUGAAUAACAGGAAUAUGGGCAUGAAUAAUAUGCCACCCAAUAUGGGCGGCAUGAAUAGCAUGAAUAUGAACAACAUGGCCAUGAAUAACAUGGGAAUGCCGCCGUUUAACAAUGGCGCCAAUGUGCCAUUCAAAAACUUUGGCGGCCCUGGUAACAAUAAUAACAAUGGCGGCGGUGGCAACAAUCAGGGCCGUCAGCACUUUGCCGGCAACAAUCGAAAUCGCGGCAAUGGUAAUCGAAAUCGAAACAACUAAAAUAAUGCUCACUCCCCCCUCCCAACACUCACACACACACACACACCCACACACAUUACACAAACUUAAUGAACUACACUAAGAGAUGAAACGAACCCGUGUUAAACUUAGUUUUUUUUUAAGAAUAGCUUUAACGGUUUUUUGCUAUUUCGAUCUACUUAAAAAAAAAUCGGAUUUGGACUGCUAUGUAAUUUGUAUAUUAUCCUAAUCUAUAAAUUUAAUUGUUUUUUUUUUAUAUGUGUAUAUACACAUACAUGUAUGAUUAUCUAUAGAUUAUAUAUAUAAUAUAUAUACAGACAUAAUUUUAUUAUUUUUUUUAUUAUAAUGGAUAAGUGAACUAUAAACUCGGAUAUCGUCGCGCCUACGUACUGAUUAACGAAAAACAAAAAGAAGAAAUAUGUAGUCGUAGUCGAAACUCAAUUUGUAUUUCACACUAUGUGUAAGCUCUUAGCUAAGCAAACAUUUGUAGACCUACGAAAUAAAAGGAUUGUGUUAAGUAUUAUUAAC